ACUCUCUCACUCUCUUACUCACUCUCCCACGACACCAUCCCCCCUCCCCCUCUCUCUCUCUCUCGCACUUCCCUCCCUCCCCGUUCUUCUGUGGCCUUCUCUCUCUUCUCUCGAGCCUCCCGGAUCUUCAUCAUCGGACAAUUUCGUUCGGUGUAUCUCUCCACCUCGUUUCUCUGCCCUUUCUUGGCUAAGCUCCGAUCUUCCUCCUGCUUCUCAUCAUCGUUGCUCAUACGGUCUCCUCCCUCACUUGCACUCGUCGUCUUCCAUUCCCAUUGUGAAGUCUCUACCUUUUCUCGCUUCUUCUCGCAUUCCCAUCCUUGGGUCCUGCGCUGAGUCUGCGUCCCUGCACCAGGACAGCCCACCUCUGCUUGGGCCCUGUACCCACUCCCUCCCGCCCAUUUUCUUUUCCCAUUCGUCAUUUGCGUCCUCAUCACUCAAUGCCCGUCGUCUCGUUUCUGUCCCCGCUACUUCAUGUUGCUUCAUUUUGUCGCGUAUCGGUGUAUUGAGAAUGAAUAUUCGCUGUUCCACCAUUCCGCUGGCUUAGGGGAGACUAUGGUUUAGUCCAGUUUACCACAAGUGCAGCAGUUUUCUGAUGAUGGUCCAGACGUGAGGUAUCCGAAGUUGAUGACGCUUGUUUAUUCAAAUUGAAGACUGACCGAAAAGAUCAAAUCAUGACCUCGUGUUGCUGUAGUUUCGAAAUGGUGGCUGUAAAGACUUAUUACUUGCAGGAGACGUCACCUUCCGCUGCAUUUAUCUUCAGAGAUUGAGAGUUUCGAAGUGCCAGGUGCGGAAAAGAGGAUCCGGAUAUUCUUGCAGGCAUGGGUUCACCAGCAAAUCUCGCCUUAGGGCCCCAGGUGUCAACAAUCACUUCGACCAUUGAGACUGCGUUGAACUGUACCGUUUCUGCUGAUGGGCUCGAGGCGGAUGAAAUACAAAAAAUUGCUGCGCAUUUGCGUGCCCUCCAAGAGGAGAGGGGCAAAAUCGAAGCGUUCAAGAGAGAGUUGCCACUUUGCAUGCAGCUCCUUGACGAAGCCAUUGAGACCGCAAUAAACAAAGUGAUGGUCGAUCAGUGCUCACCCACAGCCAGCCUCCAGACCAGCGUGCUGGAUGCACAAGAUUCUGAUUACGAGAGGCCGAAAAGAACGUUGGUCCUGGAGAAUUUCAUGCCAUUGAAGCGACGGUGGGAAAAACAGUUAAAGGAAAAGAUCUUUCAAAAUGACGCAGGUAAUAAUUCCCAACAACACGAAGACAAGGUUGUCAUUGGGAGGCCAGCAUGGAUGAAAGAAACUCAGCUAUGGACUAAACAAUCAGAAAGCAUUGAUUACGAGAAGGCGUCACCUUCAAGAGGCUCCAGACGACAGGUGGAAUUCAAAUGUAGUGAACAAGACAGACCUCUGACAAGCUCUCGACUUCUUUUGAAUUCAAAGGAUCGGCAAGGAGGGGCUUUUGUUCCUUUCAAUCGAGAGAAACAGUUACCCAGCCCCCCCUUUUCAUCGCAGUCUACAGGACCUGCAUCAGAUGCAGCUGGCUUCAGUACCUCAUCAGCAGUUCGUACUCCAAGUCGAAUGGGCCACACAAUUGAGAGUUUUGACAUCGGAAGGGUGAAUGGAAAUGUUCAUGUUCGAGAUCAUAGCUCAGAUGCCCGAAAUUCAAUUGACCACUCCGUACAAACUAGAACUGGAGCUAACCAGCCACAGCGAAAGGCUCGAAGAUGUUGGUCACCUGAGCUGCACCGUCGCUUUGUUAGUGCUCUACAGCAGCUUGGAGGUUCACAAGUUGCAACACCCAAACAGAUCCGCGAGUUGAUGAAAGUGGAUGGCCUCACGAACGACGAAGUGAAGAGUCAUCUGCAGAAAUAUCGUUUACACACAAGAAGACCAAGUCCAUCGCCACCUAGUCCUUCACACGCGCCCCAGCUCGUAGUAGUCGGCUGGGUACGGCCGGAAUUCACAGCAGUUGAGGGAGCAGCCUCACAAGCAUCAACAGGAGACAAUCCUCUGCCUGGUAUUUCAAACGAAUGCGUGCCGUCACAAUCCACAGGACAGCCCCAGAAGCAGUCUCCUCCAAAUUUUCAGAAACAUUUGCCAGCAGUUUCUACCUCUCAGACCUCCUUGCGGGGACCCUCUCCUGUCGGAGUCGAUUCCCCGCACUCCAGCAGUGAUUCAUACAUCGACGAGUCUGAUGACGAACAGGAUGGAAAUUGUACUAGUUCUGGUGAAAAUGGAAGGCAGUACGAAUGUAAUGAAAAACCUUUGCAAUCUGCUAGGGAGUCCAAGGGUAGCACAACAUGUCUCGCUGAUAUUGACGCCACAAUAAACCCCCAGAUGAAGCUGCGUAUCUUGAGGAAAACCAAAGCUGCAGCCUGAUUAUGUAAUAACAUUUGAUCCAGCCAUGUACAGCUUAAAUUUUUCGUCGAAAGAUUCUGUUGAAGAGAGGAUUCUGUGCAGUUUCAGGCUGCCGCUGCCUUAAUAACUGUAAAUUUGAGUCGUGUAGCUCUGGUAAUCAGACUACGUUUCAGUUUAAUUUGAGAAUAUGCGAUGCGCUGAGUGGUAGAUAGCCUUGGAAAGUACUAGACUGUCUGAUAAAUACUUUGACUGCUUGUGUACUGCAAACUGUAUCAAGACGAAUAUUUAUUUAAAACUAACUCUGUUUACUCGAAA